UAUUUACUUUUGACUAUUUGUAUAUAUUUUCAAAUAUUUUGGACAAUUUAAAAGUAUCUUAUAUAUUUUUUUGAUGUUUUUAAUAUACAUUAAUCUGAAAAUAAAUAAUAUAUUUAUAUAUAAAAGUCUGUUUCGGGUAUCCGAAAUACUUCGGUUUGGGUCGGGUUCGGUUUCGGUUCUCUGAAUACCAAAAUUUUGAAUCCGUUCGGAUAUUUAAUCAAUUUCGGUUCGGGUUUACUUUUUCGGAUCGGAUUCGGUUCGGUUCUUUGGAUUCGGUUUUUUUGCCCAGCUCUAGAUGUUUUAUAAUCAGUCAUUACAGAACUUGCACCAUUGGACCAUCUCAAAUGAUUACCUUACUUUUUACUUUAAGAGUUGCGAUAUAUUCGAAUGGUACUCUAUUUUAGAGUAAAAAAUAUAGUGAUGAACAAAAAAAAUAAAUUUAAUAUAUGUAUAGAGUAAACUCAUUUUUACCAUUAAAACAUUUUUAUUCUAAACUAUAUUUUAGAGUAGAAAACAGAGGAGAGUCGGAAAUGUAUGUUUUUAGUUUCUUUUUAAGGAUAUUGAUAUAGAAUAAUAGAUAUUCAUCCGCCUCAAAACCUAGAUUGGUUCCAGUUUUGAUAUGGAGAGAUAGGUGAUAUUUGUCAUUUUUUCGGUUUUGUCUAUGGAUCAAUGGUAAUUUAUCAUCAUUGUUGCCUCUCAUUUUUUAUGACUUGAAAUUCUUAUUUUUGUGAAAACUUGAUUGAAGAUGAUGAGUCUUCCUUUUAUUUCACUUGUACCCAUGUUUGGGAUAAGACAUCGUCGGUGGGUUGUAUGUCUCUUUUGAAGUUAGAGAUAAUCGUGGAAGCAUUACAUCUAGAGAUGAAGCUAUGAAGUGGGAAAUGUAGCUAUGCAAGGGUCCGACCUUAUUUACAAAAAAAAACAUUCCUAAUCUGAAAGAAUUGUACAAUUUUUUUUUAUAAAUGAAACAAAAUUCGGUUUAUACUUGAAUAGGUUCGGUUCCUCGGUUUUGGUUGUGAUGCUCAAGCCCGGUGGAGACCAUAUGUUUGGUUUGGUUUGAUUGUAAACCCAAAAGAAAACCGGUCGGCCUCAGUAUCCUCUUUUACUCGACUUCUCGUCUUCUUUCUCUCCAGAUUCUUUCUACUUUUUUCACUGUUGUUUCUCCGUUUGUUUUCCUUUUUCGCUCAUCCUUUUACUAGUAAACACAAGUGUGACAUCUCUAAGCUUUAGCCAGAUUCGUGUGUAGGCUGGCUGUGUUAUGUGUUUGUCUUUGCCUUCUUAAUCUGAAGGAAGGAAUUAUUGUUUGUUUCUGUUCACGAAAAUGGGAAAAAAACGCAAAAUCGGUGGUGAAAGUUUAAUAAAUCGAGAUGCUAUGAACAAGGACAUGAUCAGUGAGUUACCUGAAGCUUUGCUCCUGCAUAUAUUGUCUUAUGUUCCAACAGAAGAUGUCAUAGCAACGAGUGUUUUGUCCAAACGGUGGAGAUCUCUUUGGAAGAUGGUGCCAAAGCUCGAGUUUGAAUCAAAUAUUGAACAGGUGUCUUCAGAGGAUGUUUACAGGUUGCUGCUUUUGCAUAAAGCUCCGUUUCUGGAAAGUUUGCAUUUGAACAUUGAAAAUACAAAAGGUCGUUUGGAUAGUGGGAUAUUGAUUGGAAUUGCAUUUUCACGCCAUGUGCGCAAAUUGGAGUUGGAUCUUUACCAUGAUGAUCAAGAGACAGUCAGGUUUCCGAGUGUAUUGUGUAGCUAUAACAAUACACUCGAGGUACUAAAUCUCAUGCAUCACGUUCUUUUGGACUUCCCUUCUCGGGUUUGUUUCAAUGCCCUUAGAGAGCUGCAUCUUUUCCAUGUGGAAUUCAAAGACGAAGCGUCUGUUUGCAACCUUUUAUAUGGCUGCCCUAGGCUUCAAGAUUUGGUUGUUACACGAUAUAGCAGUAUUGAUGUGGAGACUUACACUAUUGCGGUGCCAUCACUACAGAGGCUAACCAUAGAAGAGGAUAGUAGCCAAGAUAUGUAUGGUGGCGGCUAUGUGAUAAAUGCACCAUCUUUGAAAUACUUGAACAUCAAAGGCCUCUAUUGUAUUGACUUCUUUCUAUUUGAGAAUGCGCCAGAGCUUGUGGAAGCAAAGAUCAAUGAUGUUUCUGAGAUAGACAAUGAGAACAUUCUUGCAUCUCUCACUUCAGCCAAGCGUCUCUCCUUUCAAUUUACCGUAGAGGUUAAGUAUCCUACUGGUGGCAUCUUCUAUCAGCUGGUAUUUUUGAAGCUACGUAUAGAUGACAUAAAUGGGUGGAAUCUACUUUCGUUCAUGCUCGAUAGCUCUCCUAAAUUGCAAUCCCUCAAACUCUACGGCUCAUGUUGGGAAGACUGUCCGGUGGGCUGGGAAUGGACUCAGCCGAAAUGUGUACCAGAAUGUCUGUUGCUUCAUCUGGAGACAUUGGUGUGGAGAAGAUACGGAUGGCAACGAUAAGAUGAGAAACAAGUGGCCACAUACAUCCUCAAGAACGCUAGAGAGUUGAAGAAAGCAACUUUCGACCCAACAUACGUCAAACCGGAAGAGCUGGAAAAGAGACGUGAGAUGCUCAACGUGUUGGCUAGUGUGGCCAGAGCCUCUACUUCAAGUCACCUUGUGUUCGAACCAGUUGGUCGCUAGAAUGUUGUUCACUGCUGUGUUGGCAAAUGGGAAAUUUUCAACUUCGUGAAUCUUUCAAGAAGUCGAAGUGGAUUCUUAAGUCUGGUGCAUCUUGAUUAUUAAACGUUAUUGGGCUGAGGCUAUUAAAACAAUUUUAUUUUUUCUUAUUUAUUAUUUUUCUCAAGUUAUUAAGAACAAUUUUCCUUCGGAUAUUUAAACAUUUUUUUUCUUA